AGCAGGGCUUACCAGCCCGGGGCAGGGACUCGGACCUCGGGACCCGCGCUGACGUAGGCAAGCUGGGUGACACCGGCAGCCCCUUCGCCUCUCGGAGCACUGGGGGAUGGGCGACCAGCCCCCGGCGAGAGAGGGCCCGCUUGGGGCUCUAUUUCGGGCGCGGGGGUGUGGGCCACGCCCCCGUCACGUGACACACGGGCCUUUUAAAGCGGCAGCGCGGGUUGGGAGCUGCUGGUCCCAGAGUCCUUGCGCGCGUUCUCUGUCGUCUCUUUCGCAACCUAGCCCAGCUUCACCAUGGUGGACGCCUUCGUGGGUACCUGGAAGUUAGUGGACAGCAAGAAUUUCGAUGACUACAUGAAGUCACUCGGGGUCGGUUUUGCUACCAGGCAGGUGGCCAAUAUGACCAAGCCUACCACAAUCAUCGAAGUGAAUGGGGACACAGUCAUCAUAAAAACACAAAGCACCUUCAAGAACACAGAGAUCAGCUUCAAGCUGGGAGUCGAGUUUGAUGAGACCACGGCAGAUGACAGGAAGGUCAAGUCGAUCGUGACGCUGGAUGGCGGCAAACUUGUCCACGUGCAAAAGUGGAAUGGACAAGAGACAUCACUUGUGCGGGAAAUAGUUGAUGGGAAACUCAUUCUGACACUCACCCAUGGCAGUGCAGUUUGCACUCGUACUUGCGAGAAAGAGGCAUGACCUGCCCUCUCCCUCCACUGACUGCUGUUCCGCCAGUUGGCUGCUCCUGGACUCGGCACCAGACUGCCUCACUUUUCUCCUCUGGCAUUUUGUAUAAAUCCACCUUGACUGGGGAAAUUCUCCUGGGGUCAGGUGGCACCAGCCUGGAUCCAGUUCCGUUCUCAUUGUGUCUGUUUUUUUAACUGCAUCCAAAGGGUGCUCUGAGGUCAAUAAAGCAGAGCCAAGGCCACCCAGUUGCCUUUCCGCCUUUGGUGACAUGA